AAAAAGCUCGCCGUUCACAUGUGUGCAACGCGGUAGGCACACGACCAACUAUAUCAAUUUGAAUAAGCCUGCCACUGCGGCACCAUCUAGUACUCGCCAUGUCGCUCACCAACUGCCGUUUCUACGAAGAGAAGUACCCCGAAAUUGACUCAUUCGUAAUGGUCAACGUCAAGCAGAUCGCAGAAAUGGGCGCAUACGUGAAGCUACUGGAAUACGACAACAUAGACGGCAUGAUCCUGCUGAGCGAGCUCUCUCGGCGACGUAUCAGGAGUAUACAGAAGCUUAUCCGCGUGGGGCGCAACGAGGUGGUGGUCGUACUACGUGUGGACAAGGAGAAAGGUUACAUCGAUCUGAGCAAGCGGCGAGUCAGCCCUGAAGACAUUGUCAAAUGCGAGGAGCGAUACAACAAGAGCAAGAUGGUGCACAGCAUCAUGCGACACGUUGCAGAGAAGACAAACACCCCGAUCGAGGAGCUCUACCAGGAUAUUGGCUGGCCGCUCAACAAGAAGUACGGACACGCGGUGGACGCCUUCAAGCUGAGUAUUACGAACCCCGACGUAUGGAACGAGGCCACAUUCAAGACCGACGUCAUCAAGGACGAGCUGCAGUCAUACAUCAGCAAGCGACUCACGCCGCAACCGACAAAGGUCCGCUCAGAUGUGGAAGUGACCUGCUUCGGCUACGAGGGCAUUGACGCAAUCAAGAUUGCACUGAGGACGGCGGAGGCACGCAACACUCCUGAAACGCAAGUCAAGGUUAAGUUGGUGUCGCCACCGCUGUAUGUGUUGACUUCGCAAACUCUGGACAAGGGCGAUGGCAUUGCCGUGCUCGAGCAAGCGAUCAAAGACAUUGACCAAAGUAUUCGGGCUGCGGGCGGCUCGUGCGUGGUGAAGAUGGCGCCAAAGGCGGUGACGGAAAGCGACGACGCCGAGCUGCAGAAGCUGAUGGACCAGCGGGAGAGGGAGAACCAAGAAGUCAGUGGUGAUGAAGAUGAGAGUGAGAGCGACGAGGGUGUCGUUGCCACUGGCGACUAGACGCAAUAGUAGGCUGGGUCGCAUAGCGUUCGGAGUAAGGCAAAUAUAUCAUGGUAGCGAGAUCGUGCGAUCACAGAAAAGCGUUCGGGACGAUUGCAGUCAUCGACC